CCAGCUUAUUUGAAAAACAGGAAAUUCGGGAAAGAGUUUAGUUCACGGCUUUGCUUUCACUCUGAAGCAGCUGUGGCUUUUCUGAGCAACGAAGUCUGUCUUGGCGGGAGGAGAGUUGAGCUCGUCAAGACCUCAGACAUCUGCUUGCUUCAGAGCUGUGACUCCCCACCCUGGCUGGGCGCUCCAAGCCAUGGCCGACACCAUCUUCGGCAGCGGGAGUAAUCAGUGGGUUUGCCCCAACGAUCGGCAGCUAGCCCUGCGAGCCAAGCUACAGACAGGCUGGUCUGUGCACACCUACCAGACGGAGAAGCAGAGGAAGAGCCAAUGCCUCAGCCCGGCCGAGGUGGAGGCCAUCCUGCAGGUCAUCCAGAGGGCCGAACGGCUGGACGUCCUGGAGCAGCAGAGAAUCGGGCGGCUGGUGGAGCGGCUGGAGACCAUGAGGCGCAACGUGAUGGGCAAUGGCCUCUCACAGUGUCUGCUCUGCGGGGAGGCACUGGGCUUCCUGGCCAGCUCGUCCGUGUUCUGCAAAGACUGCAGGAAGAAAGUCUGCACCAAAUGUGGGAUCGAGGCCUCCCCUGGCCAGAAGCGGCCCCUGUGGCUAUGUAAGAUCUGCAGUGAGCAGAGAGAGGUCUGGAAGAGGUCAGGGGCCUGGUUCUACAAAGGACUCCCCAAGUACAUCCUGCCCCUGAAGACCCCCAGCCAGACUGAUCACCCCCACUUCCGACCCUUGUCCGUGGAGCCAGCCGAACAAGAGCCCCGAAGCACUGAGACCAGCCGCGUCUACACAUGGGCCCGAGGGAGAGUGGUUUCCAGCGACAGCGACAGCGAUUCAGCUCUCAGCUCCUCCAGCAUAGAGGAUAGACACCCGCCUGCUGGGGUCAGGGACCCAAAAGGUGACAAACCUGGUGGGGAAUCAGGUGGCAGCGUGGAGUCACCCAAGAUGGGACCCACCCGCCCGCCCAGCCACCUCUCUGGGAGCCAGAGCAGCCUGGCCAGCGAGGCUGGGACAGGCUCUGCAGACCCACAGUGGGGCACCCAGCCCUGGCCAGACCCAAAGGGCCCCGGCAAAAGGCACACCUGGGCGAGUCCCCGCUGCUGACGUGGCCUCCGCCGGUCCCCUCCGCCUGCCCUGGGCAGAGGCAUGUUUGGUGCGUGGAGCAGACUUUCCAGUGGAAGAGCCUGAGAGGGAGAGAGAGAGGGAGCUGGAGCCAGGCCCUCCCCGGCUCCUUCCCGACCAGUCCUGAAGGCCUGUGCCGCCCAGCCCUGCCCAGCGUGACCUCUGACUCAACAUCCAGUGUUUUGGGGGCUGAGUCCGCUUUCCCCCACCCACUGCCUUUCUGCACCCUUCUCUCUCGGGAACUCCCCUCUUCCACCCCGACCCCAGCGACUCCACUCAGCCAUGGCCUUUAUUUAUUGCCCUCCCCCAACCCCUAGGCCACCCCUGUGUUCAUUUUCAGUUUGCUCUCGUCUUGGCUGCACCGGAAGGGCAUUCGAAAACACUGUGUGGGGCCUUCCCAUAUGCACUGCAGUUUCUGAGGGUGCCAGGCAGGGCCUUCUCCAUAGUUGUAUUAAUGGAGGAAGACAUCCUACCCUGAGCGGUACCCGUCACAGCUGAACGUGGCCCCCAGAAAGGAGCUGUGAGCAGGUGGGAUGAGAGGUCCACCCGCCCGUCCCUCCCCCUGCAGCUCCGGGAGUGGAGCAGCCUUCUCCCUCUUGGCUCAGGAGCUGCUGCUAAGCCUGGCCAGCUGGUAGGUUUCUUGGAAGGCCUCCUUGGCCUCCCCAGGCUUUGCUCAGCCUCUCACUGGGUGGUGGAGCUGGGAAGGGUUCUGGUGAACUCUGUGAAUUCGCUCACUGGAAAGCAGCCUUCAGCUGAGUCCCCUGCUGGGGCGUGAACCUCCCUAAGCCGUUAAUUCACUUCUCUUCAAAAAAUAUCUAAUAAGUGUGGGCAGAUGCUUCUAGAAAACCCUUUCCCUGAGGAGAGAGAACGUGUGUUUAUGUGUGUGUGGUGCCCACACCCUCCCGUCCUUCCUGCCCGCCCCCCAUGCCUGGUCCUCGAAGGGCCUUCCUCUCCAGGCCCUCAGGCCCCCACCGUUAGCUCUUUUACCUUUGUCACUGGCAGACAGUAGGAAACCUCACUGUUGCCCUGCGACAAGUUAUGCUUCAGAACAUAAACAAUAAAGAUUAGAAUUUGCAUUGA